CUUUAAGGCUGGCUGGAAUAUCCUCUUUUUGGCUUAGACAUUCAAUCUUAUUUAGAUAAAAACAGACUCGUCUUUUUGGUUUGUUGAGGUGGCAAUGAAGCACUGAACCUCUCUUCGUACACUUUUCAGGAUUCAGAUUCAUAUUCAGUUACCUUCCUGUUCUACUUUCAACCACACCCUUCCUCUCUAUCUCUCUGCAUCUCUCUGAGGAAAUGGGCAGUGCUAAAAUUGGCUUCAGUUGUCACAGAAACAGACAACUAAUCAUUUCCUUGCUAUUUAUCUUGGUUUCAAGCUCGACCCUUGUGAGAUUCACGGCUGAAGGUAGGGUAACUACCAAGCUGCUGGAGGCGGCUCCAGAGAAGGGUGUAGAAGAGGAGAAAAUAGCGGUGAGAGCUCGGACAAUAGGGUCAAGGCCACCAAGAUGCGACAAAAGGUGCAACUCUUGUGAGCACUGUGAAGCAGUUCAAGUACCAAUAACAACACAGGCCCAUAGCCGUAAGAGAAGUCGAUUCUCUGCUGCAAUUUCCAACAUCGCGUACUCUAGAGGUGAUGGCAUCUCCAAUUACAAGCCAAUGAGUUGGAAAUGCAAGUGUGGGAACUUAAUUUUCAAUCCAUGAUUGAAAGAGAUGGGAUAUGUUUUGGUGAAGAAGAUCGCUUUUGUCAAAUGUGGAUAUCCGACUUCAACCCCCGUGUAUCUCGUCUAACUUCUGCCAGUUGACUCCCCCUUCAUAUGUAGAGUGCUAAAAAAAUCUUUCUUCUUUUGCUACUCUUGUAAUUACCCUUCUCAUCCUACAAAUCCUUCUUAUUCUGCAAGUGUUAUCCUUUAAAUUGUUGAUCUUACAAGGCAUUUCUUUCAUUGUCAAGAACAUAGUAUUGACUAUCCAAGAUAACUAAAUUUUGCCUA